CUUAAAAAAAAAUAAAGUCUUACAACAUGUACCAUGUUUGUCAGUCAUCAAGGUUCUUCUAAUGGUAGCUUAGGCCAGCUCAUUGCAGCUCACUGCACCCACUUUCUUGUUCAGUUUUGUUGUUACAACUUCACAGGCCUAAUUUUUUUCUAGCUGCUCCUCACUGAUGUUUCUCCAUGUUUCUGAUGUAGGGGCUUCCCAAACACUGCUGUUUGCACUACUACAGGAAACCAGGCCUGGACAUCCCAGACAACAGAAGGUCAAGAGGUCUCUGGGAAGCAAAAAGUCUAAGCAGUUUGAGGAGGUGGAAACUACUGUCCUGGGACUGAACAGUAGAUAUGAUGAGACAGUGAGCAGCAUUUCUUCUGCUGCACCAAAGGGUCAAGUGAACGGCAGCACAGAGUCCAGGAGCAAGCGGACCAUUCGCAGGCCUGCUUACUGGCUGGAAAUGAGAGGAAUCAAAAACAGCGUUAACAAGUCUUCAGAGAGAAAAGCAGAAGUACUAUUGAAAGGCAAGAGGAAAUCUGAGGAAGUGGAAACUGAAGAUCUUAAAGACUCUCCAAAGAAGAAGCGAAAGAUUUCAGGAAAAAAACAGCAGGCUGGAACACAACAAAACUCCAAAAGAGAAGGUCACUGUGUUCAGAAAGAACCAGAAACCUAUGGCACAGGUAGUAUGGAAGAGCAAUGGUCUUUGGAAAUUCAGGACAAAGGCCGAGUUACCUGUCCAACAUGUCGGGCUGUGGUGAGAAAGACUGUAGAAGGCCUGAAGAAACAUAUGGUAAAUUGCAGGCAGGAAAUGUUCACAUGUCAUCACUGUGGGAAGCAGCUGAAGUCUUUAGGAGGGAUGAGAUACCAUGUCAUGGCAGACCAUAACAAUCAGCCAGUUGUGAAGGAGGGAGGAGAAUUGGAUGAGCAGCUUGAGCGAGACCGCCUUCGGAAGAUUUUGAAGCGUAUGGGAAAACUAAAGUGUACGAGGGAGGGCUGCACAGGCAGCUUCACUAGCAUAAUGGGAUACCUGUAUCAUGUUAAAAAAUGUGGGAAGGCAGCUUCUGAGCUGGAGAAAAUGGCUAUGAAGUGCCAUCACUGUGGAAAAGCAUACAGAUCAAAGGCAGGACUUGUCUAUCAUCUCCGAUCUAAGCAUGGGCCGGUCACUUUCCUCCAGGAGGAGAGAAGAACAGAGAGCCUGAAGGAAACAAAACGGGAGCCAAACAGCACAGGCAGAGUUCAGAGGAGAUCUGCUAAGGUGGCAAUCUACUAUCUCCAUGAGCUAGCUGGAGAAGAGCUGGCCAAAGAGUGGCCCAAGAGAAAAGUUCUGCAAGACUUGAUUCCAGAUGAUCGCAAGCUGAAAUAUACUCGUCCUGGACUGCCAACAUUUAGUCAAGAUGUGCUGUGCAAAUGGAAAACUGAGAUAAAGAUGUACCGAAGAGUUCACUGCCCAAAUGAGGGUUGUGAAUCUGUAUAUGGCAGUGUCUCAGGACUCAAAUCUCACCUUGGCACGUGUACCUUGGGAGACUUUGUGGCUGGUAAAUACAAGUGUCUUCUGUGUGAGAAGGAGUUCAUUUCAGAGAGUGGAGUCAAGUAUCACAUCAACUCCAUGCACGCUGAGGACUGGUUUGAUGUGAAUACAACUACCACCAAAAGCUUUGAGAAGCUAAUGAAAAUCCGCCAAAGAGAAGAGCAGAGGAAGCAACGGAAGAAACGUCCUUUGAGCAGGGGGAAAAAGAAGAGAACCGCAACCCUGGCUGUGAAGAAACUCCCCACUGCUGGAGUUGAGAAAAUUAGGAGAACUAAGAGAGGUCGUCCAAAGCGGGUGGACAAUGAGAGUGGUGCAAGUAGUGAGGAGGGGGAGCCCCAAGUUGCACAGAGAGCCGAAUUUCCAAAAACCAGCCACAAGCGAGGCCGGAAGUAAAUCCCUAGAAGAGAAGGAAUAAUCCUAAAGCUUUUCAGUUACAAGCCCCACCUCUGUCAAGCUCAUAACCCACAACACUGAUAUAAGCAACUGAGUAUCUUUGGGACUGUGACUCCAUUCUACUCAGUGACCUUGAUUUUGAGACUGUUGCCUCUGGUCAUUUGUGAGAGACUUCAAACCAAAGCUGUGGUGCAGAGGAUGCCUCUCCUGCUGUAGUACCCCUGAACAGUGGCACUAGCAGUGUACCCAGUGUAGUUACUGCUGUGGUUACAGUCUCAGUUUGGGUCACAUUAGUUGCUUGUUUAGUGGUUUCCAGUACGGCAGGUGUCUGUUACGCCAUCUUCCUCUGAUGGGUGAGAUCAGGGUUUUUUUAUAGCAGUUCUUCCUCUAAGAGACUGACCAGCACAGUGUUUAGGUCUUUUUAAAGGGGGAAUCCUUUCUUGCACAGUAUGCACACAAACUAAACAGUGCUGUGCAGAAUACAAAGGUUUUAGCUUGCCCUGUAACUGUCCUGUCAUCAGCAAGGCAGCCAACAGGCAGGAAAUACAUCCCUAGUGUGUGUUCCACUCUGUUGCACAAGGCACUGUCUGAUGCUUAGGCUCAGCACCACACAGUAGCAUGUGAGCUCUGGUGUGCUCGGAAGUGAUGGUACAUAAUUAUUACCCUUGUCAGGAACCCAAUAUUCUCCUGGCAUCUGUCUUCUGUAGCACUGGGCAUUAAAUGUAUGUAAAGGGUCUUCCAGUCCAGUCAGGAAUAAUUACUCUCCAGCCUUUUGGAUAUUCACUGACCCUACAAACCCCAAGUAACUAAUGCAGCGAGGUGGUCUUCUUGAGCCCUCUGAAUACUACUUGUUUCAGACUCACUUGAGAAACAAACUUAUUGCAAGACAGUGCAUAUAUACAGUAGCAGUCUUGCUGAUUCUAAAACCCAGGUCCCAUUGAACUGCCUUGCCAGUGGUGUUCUUUGUCAUGCCCAUGCUCCUAUAGCGUCCUUUUUUUCUGUGCUGUGAAUGGCACCUUUGUUGUGUUACAUCACCUGCUUCUUUCCAAUACUGCUUCCUUUGUGUGAAUGAGGUAUAUUAGCUGUGGCUUCCCUGUGUGAAAAAAGAUUAAAAGAAAAGGGUUAAUUAUUCUAAGCCACAUGUUGGCAUGAAUUCUGGAUCAUAGGGAAUAUCUUCCUGUGCUCCAUAAAUGCAGCAGAAGCUAGUAGGAAGCAGCACCACAGGCAGUCCUACUCUGUCUUUCAGAGAAAGGGUUCUCCAGAAUUUCUUUUAUCCAGAGACUCACUGUACCAGGAAGCUGCAAAAUUAGCAAUUUUCCAGGCAAGAAAAUAGGCAGCUGGCUCUGUGUUAUCUCCCUGUGAAUUUUCAUUGUCUAACAGAGCUGUUGGUUCUGAAAUUCACAGAGAAGCCUUUGCAGUGCCUGGUGAAUUGGUGGACUUACAUAUAAAAUCAUAGAAUGGUUUGGGUUGGAAAGGACUUUAAGAUCAUCUAGUUCUAACCCCCUUGCCAUGGGCAGGGAUGCCUCACAUUAGACCAUGUGUCCCAAGGCUGUCCAUCCUGCCCUUGAAUGCUGUGAGGGAUGGAGCAUUUUACCACUUCUCUGGACCACCUGUGCCAGGGCCUCACCACCCUCACAAUAAAGAGCUUCCUCCUAAUGUCUAACCUGAAUAUGUGUGAUUACCAAAAUAAUCACACUGGCCCUGACAAUGGGAAGUGCUGUAAGGCCAAGGGUGUUCUCAGUAACUGCCUCUCCACUAUCAGUAAAUACUAUCAGUAAAUAUCAGUUUAAAUGCUAUCAGUAAGCAAAGCAGAGAGCAGCGGAGCAUAGUCUGUCUCUCAUGAGGAUUAACACAUGUAUGGUAGUGAGACAGUAUGUAGUGCUCUAUUGUGAUUUACAUGCAGUGGUUACAUGGCCUUUUGGAGCCAGCCAUUCACUGUUGUUGCAGUGCUGUGCUGAAAGUAUAAAUAAGUGGGCUCGUAUGCAGGGUGUGUAAGGUGUGCAGGAAGGUGGGCAAGGUCAGAAGACAACAAAAUAAAGUGUCGCCAGUGCAGGAAUGUGGGGUUUUUUUGUCUGUUUGUUGUGUAGUGUUCUUGGUUCCAUCCCUGUUUGCACAACACACCCCAACCUGCCCACUUGGUUUUCCUGCAUGCUUUGGUCCCGUUGAGAUGUCUGCAUUACUUCUCUUCAGUAAUCUACACAGCUGUCCUUUGACCACACAUGUUUACUGCCUUCCCAUCCAAUAGAUGGACAAGAUAAACCAAUGAAUUAAAGUAGGUUUUUCUUAGUGAA